AUGGCUCGAUGGACGAACGACGAGCUAGCUGUUGUCUUGAACCACUUGGAUUGGUGCCUAACCAAUGAGGAAAGUUUCUGGUCAACAAUCAUAGACACACUGAGACCGGUAUCUGAAGAACAUCUUACACCAAAGCAGAUCGAGGAUCGUCUGAUUGGGUUUUGUACCAAACAAGGAGGAGGGAUUACGUAUAACGACUUGGUCGAACGUGGCACACCCCUACUCAAUGACUCCACGCUUCGGAAGUCUAUCACGGAUAUCAUGGACUGCAGGAGACCGGAACUUGGUCUAGGCGCUUUCGAGGGACGGGCGAAAGAGAUUCCUCCCGCCCCUCCCGGGUCGUCAAAGCCAAUCUACGCGGAGCUCAAGGCGACAUACAAGGGGAAACCCCCUUCGCUACCGAAGGAGCAUCGCCGAACUCUUACGAUCGACCUCACACGGCGUCAGAGACCUCCUCGCUCCAUCAGCCCUCAGGUACGCAUACCGAGUCGUAGCCAGAACAAACGGAAACGAAAACGUCGGAUAAGCGUCUCUUCUGCCGAUAGCCUCUCCGGGACUUCCAGAACUCCGGCUGAACCAUCAACGGUACCCAAUCCGACUGUGCCUCUCAAGGAUCGGGCGGCCAUCAACGACCUAUCGGACCUGCAAGCAAGACUUACGGCUCUCGAAGGGAAGUUAAGCUCGAUGAGUCAGAUAGCAGACACUAGAGCUAGGAGCGUGCAAGAGAUCGAACGAGCCUUGAAUAUGGCUGUCGGCUGUCUGGCUUGGCUUCUCCGAAAGCAAACCGGUCCUAAGAGUCAAGUGCCUGACGAGAUAUUCACGACCAUGCAGGUAGUCGAGAGGUCAUUCAGAGACUCCCCAGGGGACGCAUUUGCCAGGCUUGUGCAGGAUCUACAACAAGCAAACGUCGUUCGACACGAGUAUCAAACCCUUGUCAGAGCCCUGAUAGGACAGCGCGACUUUGAGAAGAAGGCGGAGUUCCCUGCUGAGCCUCGCAAAGGCGAUCUUGCGAAGCUUUGGCGAAGCAUCAGAGUACCACUCAAAGAUGCUAUGUCCGAAGACUCCUUCGCUGUUUCUCCGGUUCAGUUGGCUGUGGCUGGUACUUUGUCAACAACACAUCUUGAACAUCUUGUCGAAGAGGAUCUGAACAGUAUAAUCGAACCGCAUGAUUGGAUAUACAGGCGGCGGCAGCAUUGGGGAAGUCCGCUUGCUGUCCAACAUCUUCUGGCAGUUGUACUAUGCCAAUUGUUGUUCCGCGGAACUGAAACCAUGUGUGAGGUUACGCCUUGGGCCGAGCAGAUCUACAAGACUGUGGCAGAUAGAGAAGAGGUCAGGCAUCUCGAUAGACUGGCCGCCCAGCUAUUCUUCCAAGAGUCUUGCUUCCAGGACAAGGUUCUGCCGAAUCGUGUUUCUGAAAUUUGCGAAUGCCUGGAGGCUUGCGCCAAAACUAUCAAUGGCGCCACGAAUACGAAUCCGCCUCUUCAACACACCAAUAUCAUGUCAACAGGCAUCGUUCAAAAAGCUCUUCGUCUCAAGCGGACACUCAUGCUGAGCCUUCACGAACACCGGGUCUACUUUGCCAGGCCCGACACCAGCUUUGAUCCAUUUUGGAUGGAGGCAGAAGACCACGGGGGUGAUAGUUUGGAUUCGCUUUCCUGUGUCGAGAAGAAGGUCUCAAUUUGCCUGUUUCCUGCACUUGUUCGGGCUCCAACGGAGAAGCUACCUGAAGAUGCGGAAAUUGCUGCGGCACUGAUACAGGCGAAGAGAUUCUUUCCUUCAAGUGAGGAGGUAAGCCCAAGCAUGGAUCAGGACGUUGUUAUCACCAAGGCUGUUGUGCUAGUGUAUUAG